UGCAGCCCAAUUAAAGAGCGCUUGAGUGGACCGUCAUCCUGUGCGAGCUUUUGCAGGACCCUCCGUCCUUCCUCACUUGCAACGUCUGAACUGCACUACAAUGUCCGUAGCCAAGUUCAAGGCGGAGUGGGAAGAACUCGAUGAGGAAUAUCAGCAAUUGCAAGAAACUCACAAACUGUACAGGCAGAAACUUGAAGAGCUGACUAAUCUUCAGACGACAUGCAGCAACGCCAUCAGCAAACAGAGAAAAUGUCUAAAAGACCUUCGUGGUAGCUUAAACAGGUGCGCACAAGUCUGUGAUGAAAACCAGAUGCACGUCAUAACGGACAUCCAGACUCAAAUCAAAGAGAAAGAGAAUGUCUUCUUCGACAUGGAAGCGUAUUUACCAAAGAAGAAUGGGCUGUACCUGAACCUAGUACUGGGCAACGUGAACGUGACGCUUCUCAGCAAUCAGGCCAAGUUUGCCUACAAGGACGAGUACGAGAAGUUCAAGCUGUACAUGACCAUCAUCCUCAUGUUUGGCGCCAUCACUUGCCUCUUCUUCCUCAACUGUCGGGUGACGGAUGAAAUCUUCAACUUCUUGCUGGUUUGGUAUUAUUGCACCUUAACCAUAAGGGAAAGCAUCCUCAUGACCAAUGGCUCCAGGAUUAAAGGGUGGUGGGUCUCCCACCAUUACGUGUCCACCUUCCUGUCCGGUGUGAUGCUCACCUGGCCAGAGGGACCCAUGUAUCAGAUGUUUAGAAGUCAGUUCCUUGCCUUCUCCAUCUAUCAGAGUUUUGUCCAGUUCCUCCAGUACUACUAUCAAAGCGGCUGCCUGUACAGGCUGCGGGCUUUAGGGGAGAGAAAUCAGCUGGACCUCACAGUGGAGGGAUUCCAGUCCUGGAUGUGGAGAGGCCUUACGUUUCUUUUGCCAUUUCUCUUUUUUGGCCACUUUUGGCAGCUGUAUAAUUCCGUGACCCUGUUUCGCUUGGCGGGACAUGAGGACUGCAAGGAGUGGCAGGUAUUUAUGCUGGCACUGACCUUUCUCGUCCUGUUCCUCGGUAACUUCCUCACUACAUUAAAGGUGGUCCACCAAAAAGUGCAGAAGAACCAGGAAAAUGUGACAAAAAGUGACUGAGAAGCUCAAUCAGAUUUUUCUUUGGUUUUUGGAGGACAAGGACCAAUCUUGCACAUCCAUCUGACUGUGGAGAAAGUGCAGUUCUCUUCUCUCAGGUGUUGGUAGCAGCAUCCGGCCGACUGUGCGAUGGGUUUUUGUCCAUGCUGUUGCUGUCGUCCCUCACUGAUGUCCACUUUGCUGCUGGAUCCUAUAUGAAAACAAAAUGGACGGACUUUCAGUGUAUCGAUGUGUUGUUAGGAUCAUAUGCAACGAAAGAGGGUGUCAGUCAACGGUACAUCAGCAGAUCUUUUGCCUUUGACCACCUGAAAGUCUUGUCAUGCAGCUUCAUACUUCUGUGAAGUAGUUUCCCCCGUGUCAUGUGUCUGUUUCACAAGUGUCUAGGUCGGACUCCUUUUUAGAAGUAUAGAGAAUAAGUAUAGAAUGCUGCACUCGGUAGCCUUCCAAGAACACGCACAGGGCUCACGCAGGGACCGUCCUCAAAUGUCCACCUGUGUGUUGUUCACCAUCAGUAAGAUGCACGUGUAGUUUUUAUCAUGGUAAGGGAUGAGCAUCAUGUCUAGUUGUGUGUUUUAUAGUCCUAAAAGGCAGAAACUCUUGAAUUUGUUGAAAGGGAUGUGUCCUAUAUUAUGUUGCACACAUGUUUUAGGGUUAAAAUGCUACUUGUUGGCAUCAGUACUGUACUUCAACACUGUCAUGUAGAAUGAGGGAGGGGGGG